AUGGCAUUUCUUGGGCGCAAGGCCCGAUGCUCCGCGCCGAGAGCUGCUGCUGCUGCUGCUUACCUGGUGGCUGAACACGCCGCCGGCCGCUCGGCGCCGCGGACAACACCCCCCGUCGACGAUGCCUCCCGCUCACCGUGGCUGGGCCGGCCGCCGUUGCCGCAGUCCGCGUCCGGGGCCUGGCGCCCCUCGCCCUCCCGCCGUCCUCGUCCGCUGCCGACGGCCUGCCGCAGCUCCAGCCCGACCCCGAGGCACCCCGGCCCGCAAACCCGGCGCCGUUUCCACUCCUACUUCGUCACGCAUCUGCCUUCGUCGUCGCUGCACCCAGACCCCCGUCGCGGAAUCGGCCCCGGCCACAAGCUGCCCCGCGAUGCGUCGACCCCUCACACCCCGAGCCCCGGCUCCUCGCCCGCCGUCUCCAUCCCCAACAUGUCGAGCCGGGACCUGACGGUUGUCCGGAUACCUCUGCGGAGGGCCAAGCACCACUUUGGCUCCGCGACGGCCAGGGGAAGCCGGCCGUACAACGAAGACGCCGACCAGGCCGGCACCGUGGACAUCCCCGCGUUUGCCAGGCGGGCGCCCAUGAACCUGAGGCAGAAGCCGGGCGAGGCCACCCCGGCAGACAGCGUGCUCGGCGACCCCCAGAUAUUCUACUUUGGCGUCUUCGACGGCCACGGCGGCACCCAGUGCUCCCAUUUCCUCCGAGACGAGCUGCAUGGGUACGUCGAGGAGGCUGCGCGCGAGUUUGGCUUGCAGAGCAGCCUGCGCAGCAAGAACCCCGGCAGAGGUCAGCAGCAGCAGCAGCAGCAGCAGCAGAAGCCCGCUGCGGACGCCGGCUCGUCCUCCCCCGGCGCCCCCGCCCCGUCCACCAAACGGCAAGCCCCGGACUCGGUGGAAACCAAGCCUGCCAAAGAGGCGCGGGGGAGCAUCAAGGUCCCCGGGCCGGACGGAGGGGGGGGUUUCGCGGACAGGCCGGACCACGGGGACCCUCUGCCCAGCGCCGCAUCCGCGCCGGCCGGCUCGCGGGACGCGGAAAAGGCCGUCCAGCUGGAGCGCGACCUGGUCAAGGCCUACCGCGGCGCGAUAGGCGGCUACUUCCGACGCUUCAACCCCGAGUUCUUUGACCUGUCGCACGAGGCGAGCAGGGAGGCCUCGGUGACGGUCGAAUCCAGCCUCGCCUACGCCUUCCUCCGCGCCGACCUGGACUUUGUCUCGGCGCAGGCCCGGAAAGCCGACCCGGACGACUCGGACAUGCCGCUCAACGACGACGAGAUCCUCGGCAUGCCCCACGCCACGCCUUCCGGCCACGGCAUCGGGGGCCCGACCCGCUUCAAGGGCGGCUCGACCGCCUCCGUGGCGCUCAUAUCGACGCCCACCACGGCGCCGUUCUGGCACCCGGCCGCCCACGCGACCCUCGUGGCCGCCCACGUCGGCGACUCCCGCAUCCUGCUGUGCGAGACCGCCACGGGCCUGCCUCACCCCCUCACCUCGGACCACCACCCCGGCACGCCCACGGAGAGCAGGCGCCUCCGCCGCUACGCCCCCGCCGGCUCCAUGGUCUCGGGCGACAGCUUCGGCGAGGAGCGCAUCGCCGGCCUCGCCAACUCGCGCGCCUUUGGCGACAUCCAGUCCAAGCGCAUCGGCGUCUCGGCCGAGCCGGAAAUCACGCGCGUCGAGCUGGGCCCCGCCCAGUACUCCUUCCUGGUCCUCAUGAGCGACGGCGUCUCCGGCACCCUGGGCGACCAGGAGAUAGUGGACGUGGUCAAGGAGGCCAAGACGCCCGAGGAAGGCGCCAGGGCCGUCGUCGAGUACGCCACGGAGGUGUCCAGGGACGGCGACAACGCCACGUGCCAGGUCGUCAGGCUGGGCGGGUGGGAGCGCAGAAGCGAAGGCGGGCUGGGGGGCAUGGGGACCAAGGAAAUCCGGGACGUUCGCAGGGCCGAGGCACUGGAUCCGAGGAGGGGCAAGCGAUGA